AAUUUAUAAAUCGCAGGUUUUGAAGUUUAAAAAAAAGGGAUGAUGCGUCUGUAUACGUGUUAACUUCCUAACCAAACGCAUAUGUCACGCCAGGCACGCACCACAAAAGUUGCUGUUUGGAAAAGCAUGGACGUUUAUUUUACGGAUUUUGUGGCCUACACGAGGUACCUACUUAACGCGCGUGAUGCGAUUACGUUACCCGUUACGUCAAAAUGCCAUAAAACAAGUGAAUAACGUCAAAAAAUACCCCGAAUCCUAAGCGUAAAAGCACUACGCGCUCGGUUCUGGCUGCGUAUUAAUUAAGUGAAAACGAACCGACGUCACCGCUCGCUUUAAUUAGUUUAUCAGAAAUUUAAAGUCUGGACAAAAAUACAACCCGCGACGGAGAGCAAUUAUUAAAUUUUAGGAGUUAAUAAAGCGGUACGGUAGUAUUAGAUUACCCUUACCAUGCCACAAUUAGUAGAAAAGUAUGCAGAAAACUACGUUUUUGGCAUUUCUCUUUCUAUCAUGCGCCCGAAAAUACUUAUUAAUUUAAAUUUUGCCAGCUCCAUUUACGUUUUAUGCACGCUUCGUUGCAACCUUACUUUUUAGAAAGUAUGUUUAGUGUUGGAUAGAGACAUGGCGGGCGAAGAUGUGACACUUGGCACCUCGAUGACGUUGAUCGAAGUGUAUCGUCGAAUCACAUCUGCUGGCUUGUUUUUACUUCUUUGAAACGUUUCUUCUUCUUGGCUUAAACUAGCUCCUCCCAUUAAAACCGGGUUUGAGGAAUUUAAUCCCAGUUGGGCCUUUGUUUAUAAAUCUAAAAAGCUACAAUUCUCUUUGGUUCAAUUAUCAAAAGGCGUCAUUCUGACGUCAUUGUCGCUUAGUUACCGUCGUUUAGGAUGUAGAGAACCUGUGGUGUGUGAAUCGGGACCGCCAAUAAGGUGGUGUUUUGGUAAUUCCACUCUGGUUUCUCAUCUUUGUAGGUGACACUUGGUCUGAAAUGCCCUUUAAAAAUUAAAUAAAACAAAACAAAAUUGCGCAAGUUGUUUACGACAGGAAGACAUGUUUAUUCUAGUUCUACCCUCAAAUUUUAAUUUAUGGCUGGUAAUUAACGAAAUAAUGCAUUUCGUUCUAAUUACUUAUGCGUUUUACGAUCGCGUUUCCUGUUUAUGAUGACAUACGCCGUAUUGAGGACGCCGCUUUUCUUUCGACUACGUGGCCAUUCUUGUUUCCACUCCAGUAAACCUACGAUUCUGUUUUAAACAGAAGUACACGUAACGUACACGACAUUACGUGCAUCGAGUGUAACUUAUAACACGAGCGCCACGUGUUGGAAAAGUAUGUAUUUGUAGUAGAUAUUCACAAUUUAAUUCGUGGAAAGAAGCAUUCAUUUUUUUAAUUAUAUAACAUUGCAAAACAUCGUUAUAAUCAUCGUUACAAACGUCAUCGCUAUCUCUUCGCGUUUGCGUCGGUGAUUGAGAUAAUCGCGGAAAGAUUAACUCAUUAUUUAUUUUUUUUUAAAUAUUUAUCACACAAAAAAUGGCGAAGUUACAAUCAAUAUAUUUAAUAUUCCCUAUUACGUCGCGAGAUAUCGAUCGCCAUCGCAAACGCCAACUCCAUCGCAAAGAUAGUAAACAUCGAGUUUCAUUGGGACGAUCAUUAUCGCACGGAAUAAAGUCGCGACUGUAUAACAUAUGCAAUUUAUCCUACUCAUUUUCGCCCCAUUACGUUACUUUGAAGCCAUUAUAGUAGUGUAAUUGCUAGCAGUGACACUCUCUCAACACACCGACGUCUUUUAAUUUUCCGGUUGUGUACGGAGGUGUUAAAAAUACAUUCAGGUGGCCUGAAGAGAGAGGACUUCGUAAAUCGAAUUACCCGUGAAAGAGUGCGUAUUUUUGAUUACCAGGCAUUGGUUAGCCAUGUCGAAACUAGAUACACAGGAAUCGUAAAACCGAUACAAAUUAUAAUUACGAAGAGGCACGAUGCAACCAACUCUCACGAAAAUUUACGCACAGCAAUCAUCAAUGUAACCCACUCGAGUGAUAUUAAAUUUCUUCUUUUUUUAAGUACUGCCAUUCGUGACCGAAUUAUGACGUUUUUUAAAUGUUAAAAUCGACAUCGGCGUGAAUUUUUGACGAGAUUUUUUAACGUUUUUUCUAGAGAUUUAGACGUGAUGUCGAUUUCGUGAUAGGCGCCAUUUUAAAUUAAUUCGUUACGCGGAAACGAAUGAAAGAAAAAAAUAAAAAAAAAAUUUUCGGUCACUCGUAAGAUUUUCUUUCCGAAUUUACAUUCGAUCCAAUUAUUUUCCAAUGGUAGAAUAAUUAAUUUAAAAUUAAAUUUUAGUUAUGUAGACGCACAGAUUUUUUUUUGGAAAGAGGAAGGAGGAAAAAACACGCAAAAGAAUACAUAAAUAUGUUUUUUUCUUUCUAUCGCUUAAACUAAAAUAUAUAUCAUUUACUUGUUUUUUUUUAUAUUAAAAAUAUUUUCGACACAUUUGUAGCAGAAAUAAACUGGCGUGCAUUUUGGUUAUUUUUUUAGAUCGCAAUAUGUUACAUUUCUCAUCGUUAUAUCACACGAUUCUAACCCGUAUUACCCUUAACUAAAUGUCAUAUAUUUAUAUGUCAUAACCGUCAGACUUAACAUAGAUCCUUAACUAUAUAUAAACUUAUAUAUCUUCUAAGAUAUGAUCCUUAAUGAUUAACUUUUAUUACGGGUUUUUGCCAUUUAUUCGUGUCUAUAAAGGAAAAGAGGAAAGAUUUUAAUAAAAAAUAUUAAGUGCCAUAUAAUUUAUAGCCUUUUUUUUAAACCAGUUACUUAAAAAAUCGCGUGAAAGUACUGGUUAAUUCAGCUAAUAAGCUUAACAUGCUUCUGAAAAAUGACAUCCUUUUCAUUUCUCAAAUAAAAAAAAAUACAAUAAUAAUAAAAAAAAUAACUUUCGUAAUCUAAAGGAAGGUUUUUAUCGUGGGUUUUAUAGUGUAUAAAGCUAUUUAAGAUAACCCCACCCCAAGAUCCUUUAUGGCACCGUCGUCCUCCACUCCAUUUCUCUCCACUUUUGAUGGAUGUAUCCAUUAAAGGCUCCUCUGCGUGUGAAGUUUUCGAAAGGAAACAUUAAUUGCAGAAUUUUGAAUUUAAUUUACAGACUUUGUGGCUUGAGUCCAGCUCGUCUGUUACUUUUCACCUCCUUUUAUUUUUCUUUCUUUUUUGGUAAAGUUGUGAAAAUAUCAGAAAUCGAAAUUUGUGGAAGGAGCCAGAAAUUGCUUUUAAAACUUAUAAAUACCUAUAGAUAAAGAUGUUCACGAUUUCUUACCAAGUUUUUUCCCUUCCAUUCUGAAGAUUCUAGGUUAAAUCAUUCUUUUCUUCAAUCUUUCUUUGUUAUUGCCUACUGUCUUUAACUCUUAAAUAUAAAAUUCUUUUCCUUAGUCUUUGAUAUCCGAACUUUUUGCGCGCUUGAAACUUUUUCAUCUAAGAUUUUAUUGAAUAAUUAUAUAGAUUUGAAGCUUCUGAAACAUUUGUGCGGAAGUUUCUUGUCUGUUUCACUCUGAAAAAUCAAUUUUAGGUUCUAAGAUGGCAUCUACAAUAAUUAUACAGUACUGUAUUAACGCAAUGUGGACGUAUUUCUCAAAUUUUUGUUUGUAGUCUUCUUUAUACUUGUAUUAUUUCAUUAGAAGUUUAUUUUAAACUGUGCAAAUGAAACGUUCCGUGUUGAAAAUGUAAUUCUUGGAACCCAAUUAAACUAAGCUCUACAUUAUUUUUCAAACGAGAGCAUUUGCGAUUUUAAAACUAUUGUAAUUAAUAAGCAAAUAGGGGUGUUGGCCCAACUGCAUGCAACACGCAACUUUCUUAUAAAAGUUUGUGACCAGGAAGUACGAACGGGUAUCAAAUUAUAAAUGUGCGCCAAGGCGCGACGUGUGCAAACUCAUUCGGAGUCAAUCGAACCCAAUUGCAAUAUUGGCAACUUUUGCUUCUACCGUGGCAACCGACUCGUCUCAUUUCUACAGAUGGGGAGAGAAUAGGCGAAAACAGCGUAAGAUGGAAAAAAUUUCACAUAUAUUCACUGCAUUACUUGGAAGAAAAAUAUUCUCGUGUAACACAGUUGUGGCACAUAAAAGGAAUUUUGAACCUCAUGCCGGUUUGAAUGAUUGCGGAAUGUCAUCCCGCCUUCUUACCCUGCAGAAUACGAAAUUCCGGGAAGACGACCAGACAACUAUGUUCCGUCUUCAUUUGUCAAUUUGACAGAAUUUGGGAUACAGGAUGGCAUAUUAAUGUCUUUCCUAGGGGCACGCUUUAGUGUCGAGUGACGAUUAAAAUUCGGAAAUUCAAUUUCUGCCCCGAAGCGCCCAAAUGUCGAAACUGAGCGGAUUCUUUUAAGCGAAAGGCCAAAACUUGUUACUUUUUUCUUUUCAUUGUUCGAUACGUAUGUCGGUGAGAGAACAAACGUCUCUCUCUUUAUCGAUUCUUUAUCGGAGUCAGGAAGCAAUGGAUUCUUCCGGACUACGAUACGAUUAUGACUCGUGGUUCUUACAUUCAUUCAAUGUUUUUACUGCCAUGACAACCAGUUGCGAUACCCAGACAUCCCGAGUUUUGCUGUUUUUCUCCCUCUGUAUAACGUUUUUUUUUUCCAUAUAAAAUAUCCAUCGAUCGUCCAGUAGAUACGAAGAAAAGGAAACGUAGCAUUUAAUUUUAUAUAUGAUUAUCUUAGAUGUAAUCGUAUCAUGGAGCGAAGUUUGUCAUGUGCAUUAGCGUCGUAAGGCUGCAAUGAUAAUUUGUUGAAGCUGAGAGGUUUCUUUCGUUGACGCCGUUAUCUCGCUAGUUAUCGAGGUCGAGAUAGGUCAGCAGAACAAUUAUAUCCGACAAAAUAGCCAGAUGCCAUCGUUAUUUUUAGCAGGAUAGGCUAUAAUAUAUCCGGGUUUCGGCUUUUUAUCCCCCAUUCAACUGUCAGAAAAGAUAGGUUUCCCUUUCAUAAGUUAUCGAUUUGUUAAGAUAAACCCGAGCUCUCUAAAGAAUGCCUUCGUAAUUAACAGUUAGAAUUUCUUACCUUUAAACAACUACAUCAAUUGUGAGUUUAAUGCUUUGUUUAAGGUUGAAAGAGUCGCUGUCGCUUUCAAUGGAAAAAUCCUGUAACCGCUCGCUGAGUGUUUUCCGUUCUGCUUAGUUUCGCAGAAUAAGCUUUAAGCGUGAAACAUUUUAAUGCUAACAGACUAAUAAAAUAGGCAAUUAAACAACUCGUGAAAUUUUGUCAUUCCAAAAUUCCUGAUGUGGUUAGAAAGGUGAGAAUAACUUUGACUUUCUCAAAUGGGGCUCACUUGAAUGGUUAGACAUAGUUGACAUAUUUUUAAAUAAAAUUUUUAAUUAUAUAAUAUAUUAUAUACAGUAUGUCUUAGAUAAUCAGAAUAUAAAUUUGUUAAUAUUUAAUUGAUUUUGUUGACGUUUGACACCAGUUUCGUGUUAGUUUUGACAUAGUUUUCAUCAUUAUUUCGGAUCAAAUCCUUCAAUAGGAUUGGCAAACACGGAUGAAGAAUGAGGAACGACAUCUCGACUAAACUGAGGAUCAAGAUCGAAUCAUAUGAUACUUGUUAUCUGAGGAACUUUUAUGAAAAGAAUGCUUCUUUUUUAAGUGCCUAAAUAUUUUAAAUUAUGUUUUGUUCUGGAAAUUAAGAUAUUUAAUUUAAUAAUCUUAGCACCUCACUCAAAUAUAUAAAGCUCUCUUUCUUAUCUAUUCAUGAACUCUCACCAUACCCCUCACACCACCUACAAGCAAUAACGUGAAUUAUCGAUUCGAGUAUCUUCUUCCUGUUAAUUUUUUUUCCAAAAAAUUUAACCAAUAUUUUUAUUUUAAAAAUUUGUCUAAUUAGCGCACGUCUACGUGACAAUAAAAACACGAAAAUUUCAUGUAAACUUAAAUCUCUUUCAAUUUUUACUGAUUAUUUUGAUGCGUUUUUUACGGCUCAAUCUGGCUCGUCGAAAAUAUUUAUUUUCGUUACUUCUUCCCCCCGCUUAAAAAAAUAAUCCGAAAAGAGAAAACCCGUACUGCACGCGACUCACGAUGUUUCAUAGCCGGCUAGUCACGAAAUCCGUGACGUCAGCGAGUGUCAAAAUUCCCUAUCGGACACGUGUUAUUGCUUGAAUUUAGAUUAUUACUUCUUCCCUAAUCCAAUCAUCUCGCUUAAUUGGAGAUGCGUAUUUAGAUUCACCCCCCACUCGUGUCUGCUUAAGUGGAAUAGUUUCGUCCUCUCCUCUACAUGGCACCGCGGCUCCACUUCGUAAAUCAUAAUAAAUAUAGGCCUAUUCCCAUUGCUGGAAUUAAAUAGAUUUUCCCGUGUUUUGCUUCUUUAUUCAUUGUUUAUCUCAUUAUUUAUUCACUUAACUUCUUUUGGACUCGAUUAGCGACGUUAAUUAGAAUUUUCAUCGCAUGGCAUGGCUCCACGAUAAUCGAUUUAUCGCGAUGGUGUUACUUUUUUUUUCAAACCGCUGAGUGUCUUUCUAACCCUUGUAAAUCUACUGGAUGCGUUGGUUCGCUUCCAACAUUUUACUAUAUUUUUGUUUACGUGGCGGUGAAAUUUAAAGAUGGCCGCUUCGAAAAUAUUCAUCACGAAACUAUGAAUAAUUUAGAGUCGGGAGUAUAUCGACUGACGCUUCGGUAGUACUUUCGGUCGUUACAGAGUAAAAAUGCUCCACUUUCGAUUUUUAAAUCCCUGUCAUUAUGCCCCGUUUUAGUAAAAUUUUAUCUCAUUAUCUUAGGGCGUAUUUGUUUUCCUAACUCACCGGAUAAUAAGGACGUUUUCCACAAUGUUUAAUAUGUAAGUGGCACUGCCAAUAACUGCUCUUGACAAAUGCUUAAUUGGUAAAUUAACGAAUUUGUCCUCCGGCAGAUUAGAUAAUAGAAAGAAACUAAUAGAACGUAUCUAUUGCUAUCUAACUAUUCCAAUUUGUUAUUAUGUCUGCCUUGCAAUUUCCUCAUAAAUUCAUUAACAUCUGUUUAAUGGCUCCGUCUGGAUGAGGUCGGAGGUGCAGUACUCUAUUCAGGAGCAUUUUUUUUUUUGCUUUGGAAGGGAAACGUAUAUAUAAAAGAAAAAUCGGUUAUAGGUCAUUAGUGAAUUGUUGACACACAUCGACUUUAGUCGAAAAAAAACGGAGUAAUUCCCAUCGUUGUUGACUUAAGUUCAUAGUUCUCACCGCUUCAAGACUGUCGUAACUGUCGUCUCUGUUUGCGUUUUUCGCUAGUUACUUCACGCUUAUCUUUUAGUUUCGUUUCGAAAUAAAUGCAUAAAUAACAAAAGCGAUUAAAGCCUCUUUAACUCGUUUCAUUACCCCUGUUUAAGAGCUCAUAACAGAAACGAUGAUGCGAAACCCUUCUUUAAAUAUAGAUGAUGUAACAAGUUGCAGGGUUCUCUUAAUAUUCAAUAAAAUAAAAGUAACUAUAAUAUUGGAGAGAAACUAAUUUUCUAGAAUACAUUCUUGGCAUUGGCAGAAAUAAAUUUAGCUCGACUGUUCCCAAAGGUGAUUUCCUGUAGAUGCUUAUAGGGAGUAUGUUGGAGAUAUAGGCUUGUUCCUGUAUGGAAGAAAGUAUGAUGGAAGCCGGGAGUGUCUAAGAAUUGAGUAUCUGUAUAUUUAUUUCAGGCUAACGGUUAGUUAGAAGUUGUAUAAUGUAUUUUAUACGGAACCGGAUGUUUAUUUUUACUUCUUUUGAUCGAUUUCAAAGAUUUAUAUCGUGCUUAGACGUUGUAUCGGUUCGUUAUAUAAUGAAGGCUUUUUGAAAUAUGCGUCUCGUUCCGAUUUGAGUGUGUAAUUUGUAAACACGAAUUGUUUCACAUAAACAAAAAUUAAAGAAAAAUAGGUUAAAUUUAUGGCGUUUGUACCUAGUAAAUUAUUUCUGAGGUAGUUUAGAGUAAGUUAAUUUUAAAAUUUUUAUAUUACUGCGCUUAAUUUAGUCGGAAUGACAUUUUUUUUUAUAACUGGAACGUAGUAAGAAUCUUCAACUAAAUAAGUACAUGUCGAGUGCUGAAAUCAUUAAUCAUUACUUGUCACCUACACUUGCUUCGAUUUUUAUAUAAAAAUUAUAAAUAUUUUGUUUCCGUUCUGUUAAAGUAGCGCGUGAUAAUGAUUUUUUAUUAAUGAAAGAAGAAAUUUUAACACUAGAGAAAUCACGAUUAUCAGAGAUAUAUAUAGAAGAAAGUGUGAACCUAAUAUAAUCUGAUAGGGAAAUUAUUGUCUAAACCUGUUGACUGGUUUAAAAGACGAAUAAAGUUAAUAUUCACGAAAAAUGGGGAAAAGGGUGCGUGUUUGGCGAGUGUCAACGAUAAAUUGGUAAGAAGGAGGAAUUAAAGGAAGCAGUUGUUCCGAGUAAAAAACUGUAUAAGCAAGGCUGUAAGCCUAUUGCGGUUGACAGCUGCGCGAAGGCUCUCUUUGUCUCUGUCCGUACUCCCCCUUGCCUGGGCGUUUCCUACUGGUUGGAGCAAAAGCGAUCAAUAUUUGCGGGUGCGCCUUUCGUUUCUCUCCUGUCUCUUCUCUGUUUCUCACUCAUACUGGACACACUGUGUGUGUCUCCCUUGCCGUACGAUGGAAAGUGCGACAAAUCGGCAGUCGUGGCGACGGUGGACUUAUAAUGUGUUAGUGGAUCUGGGCAAUCGGCGCCCGGUCCUUAUAAAAGCUGUGAUGCGUGCGUUAGCAACAGUCUGCCGUGUUGUAUGGAGAAGUGUUGGUGCCAUGUUGGUAUAAUCCGGCCUUGUAUCGCUGGUCGAUCCAUCUCCGAAGUGGACUGCCUAGCAAUGGCUACUUUCCGACGAGGGACGAACGAGUGAAGUUCCCAUUUGUUUGUGGCUUAUAUGGUGUUACCGAUUACGUGGGAUGGACGGGGUACGUAAUUUAAAACACUCCGUUUCACCUGAUUACUAUACUAUGUUUAGUGCUCAUGUAGAACAGGCCGUGGAUGCUUUUAUGGAAAGAUUAGCCGGUAGGUUAGGCGAAUUGGAAGUAGAACUUCGUUAUGCUUGGAGAGCUGUGGAUCUUCUCUCUCAGGAAUACGUCAAAAUGUGGGAAAAACUCGAAAGGCUAGAGAUUUUAUUAUAUGAACAGCAAGCAGUUAUAACACAGCUUCUGACUGUGAUUAAAAAUGGUGGUGAUGUUCCUGAUUUAGAUUUUUUGCAUGGUGGGUCUGAUUCUGUUGCCAGUGAUCCCUCUGUGAAAGAAAGGUUGGAUCUCAAGCAUGUUGUUGAUGUGGAAUCCAGUGACUUGUCCGAAUCCGAGUUGCUGGGCAUUUCUGGAUAUAAUUUGGAAGACGAUGUGCGAGAAAAUGAUCCGUCUGCCAAAUGGAAUAAGAGGUGCCUAUUAUUUUCAAAAUAUUCUGAUAUGUCGAGUCGAGCGAGUCCAGAUUGGGGUAGUUGUAGCUAUGUUAAUACGGAUUUUCAAAUUGAUGGAGGAAGGGAGACUCCCAAAGAAGUUUUUACUGCAUCGGAUUACAAGAUGUACCGAAAUGGUUCUCCCUGCAUCAGUGAGAAAGAUCUUGAAGAACUGGAUAGAUUGUCGGCUAAUUUACAUAAAGUAUCCACCACCUCGCCAAGUAGUGGGAGUAUUCAGGAUCUCUGCAGAUCUCGUAACAUUCAUAGCUAUCUUGGUAGUCCCUUUAAAAACAAGGAACCAAUAGCUACGCAGAAUAAAGAUACCAAUGUAGCUUUAUCAGACACAAUUUCUAUUUCAAAUACUUUAGACAGAAAUAAAAUACCUACAUUUGAUAAUUAUCCAAACAUUUCUACAUUUGAUAGCAGUUUCAAAAGGGAUAUUGAUGUACCUCAUGAUAGUACAAGCAGAAGAAAAUUACCGUCUUUAAGUAAUUUUACAAAUACACAAAUGACAGAUAUUCAUUCUUCACAAAUAUCAGGAGAAAACAGAUUAAUUGGUAUUCUACAAUUAUCACCAAGAUUGAAUAAAAGUAAAGAGACUACUAAGAUUGAUGAAACCAGUAAGCAUCUUGAUUUUUCUCCUCAUCACAAUAGUAAUGUUGUGUACAGUGGUAUUUCGGAAACAACACAGAAUUCCUUAGUGAACAAAUUUUCUUCUCCAGUGUCUUCACCUUGUAUUUCUCAUGUGAUGCCAAUAGAGGAAUUACUUGUAAGUAGUACUACUGCUGAUGGUAACUUUGAGAUAACUCAACAUACUCUUCAUGGUGAUUAUGGUAAACUUCAAGGUUAUCAUACACCUUUAACACCUGUAAAAGAGCAAAGUCCACCUUCUGGAAACUCUGAAGAGUUGACAAGCCUUGGUGAAAUUCAGUGGACAGAAGACAAUCAUAGAGAACCUGAAGGACUGCCGCCAGUUUCAUCUUCUGAAUCUUUGAGUCCAAUUGUUAGUACAACAAUAAUUCAGGUAGAGGUGCAUUCAGAAGCAAAAAGUAAGUUAAAUGAUUUAUCCCAAAUAAUAAAUAAAGCUUCUUAUGAUCUUGAAGAUAAAUUAGCAUAUGUUGCCUCUGACAAUGCCCAAUACACUGUUGAUAAGACUUAUGAAGACAUUGCAGAGUUUGAUUCUCAUGUUGAGGUAGAGAACAGUUAUUGUGUUGAAGAAUAUAUAUCUACAUCAAGUGAUGUUCAAAAUAUUGUUCCAAUGGAACAAACUAAAGUAGAUGAUGAAGCAUCAUAUGUUCAACUGCAACCUGAAGUGCAAUGCCUUGACACCUAUUUUAAUUCUGUGCUACCUCCUCCUUCUCCACCUAUGGUUACUUCAACUUCUGUUACUACUAGUCAGAUAUGGAAAUAUUCCGAUGAUAGUAGAAUAGAAAGAAACGAAUAUGACAACACACCAAAUACAAAUUAUGUUUCUGUUACAACGGCUAAUGAAAGUGAAAAACAUACUGAAUCUUCCAACAUAUUCAGUGUUUUGUCCAAUAAAAUGACAAAAGGUUAUCGUAUGAUGAGUAUGCCUACACUUUUAAGGAGAGAUUCAAAAGGUAAUAAAACAAAAGCCAACAAAACUUCAUCAAAAGAUAGCAGUCAUUCAGGAAGUACUUCUAGUUUGUUUAGUUUAGGAUCUAGUCUUGAAAGUUUGAAAUUAAGCCCUAAAUUAAAAUCUAGAUCAAAUAGUGUGAAAAGUGAAGGAGGUUUAUCAUUAACUGAAAAACAAGAAAUCGAAGCCAAAAGAUUAUCAGUAGAAAUACUUCCAACUCAGCAGAAUUCAUUUAGUGAACCCAGCAGUGAGUCAAAAAUAAAUUAUUCGCCUAAUAUAGAACCUACCAACAGACAAGAUUAUGGAUCAUCUGAUACACUUCAACAGCAGCCAUUAGAUAAUACUGAAAGUGUCGAUUAUCCUCAGCAAGAAAUAUUUCAGAAUCAAAAUAAUACAGAAAAUGAAGGUUACUUAGAAAAUGAAGUUGAAUCACAGCCAAUACCUGAACCACAAGAAAAUCCUGAAGAAUCAGGAGCUUUAUUUCCUACAGUGGGCGAAGUGAGAAAACAUUCAUUUAGUGGUCGAGAAAAUCUCGGAAUUAGCCCUAUGGCAGAUUUACAAGAUACUGCAAAUGAGUCAAAUGUAUCAUUUGAUUUAAGCUUUCAUUCUGUCAGUGAUAGCAGACAAAGUUCUAUAACACAGACAGAAUAUGAAAGUUUGGAAUCUGCAGAAAGUGUUACACUUACUUGUGCCCAAACAGAUAAAGACGGAGUUCCAGUGAAAGAACACAGAGAUUCUGUUGGUUCCUCCACUAGUAUGAUAAGUGGUGAAGAUAAAGAGUUAGAAGAUAAUGUAGUUCAUAUGUCUGAUAAUCAGUUCGCAACACCAGGAGAUAGUAGUAUGGACAAAAGUACUGUAGAAGAAAAUGAAGAUGCACAAAUGAAAGAACUGAAAGAGCAGAUGAGUCUUGAAACAAAUCAAUCUGAAACACAGGAAGAAGGUAAUGCAAUGGAAAAAAGUCCAGGUCAAAAAAAUGUGAAGAGCAAAUGGAUGACUUUAGUGAGUGGAAAUGCAUUGCGAGGUAGUUCUGAAAGUAGAAGUUUAUGGCCAAAGAAUGGAGGUGGUCCAAGUGACAACCCGUUCUACAGUACGAUUGACUCAAUGCCUGAUAUUCGGCCUAGUAGAAAACCAAUACCUCUGGUUAGUGAGCUGGUGCUCAAGACAAUGGCAGCAACAAAAAGGAACGCUGGGUUGACUUCUGCGGUUCCACGCCAAUCUCUCAACGAUGAAGAAUUAGAACAAUAUCCACCAAAUUUGUUGUCGUCAAUGUCUUUUGCAAUAUCAUUGCCUUACAGCAAGCCAUACACAUGUUUUACAAUACUAAAACAGCUUGCAGAACCAAAACAUGCCAGCAUAUUCAUUACCAUUCUAAUGGCUUCUAGGCAGUGUUUAGAUGAUUCUUUAAGAUGGCAUGCUAGUGGAUGGAUGGAAAUGGGGCUUAGUCAAGCUGAUGCAGCAAGGUGCCUAAAAGUUUCAAGAAUGGUGGUUUCAUGGCUCUGGAAACAGUUUACAGUUAGAGAGGAUAUCUCCAGAAUUCCUGUGGAAGGACGUCCAAGAGUUACUACACCGCAAGAUGACCGGUUUUUGAAAGUAACUGCCAAACACAAUAGAGGACUAACACACAGGAUGCUUGCUUCUGAGCUUGAAUCAGCCACAGAAAAAAGAAUUUCUGUCGGAACUGUAUCCAGAAGGCUUGCUGCUGUUGGUCUUUAUGCAAGACACCCAGCUGUGUGUAUUCCAUUGUCAUCGUUCCACAAAAAAGAGCGUUUGAAUUGGAGUUGUCAACAUCAAGACUGGACAGACCACAACUGGAGCAAAGUUCUCUUCACAGAUGAAUCCCGCUUUAGCCUACAGAGUGAUUCUCGAUGA